AUGGCAAGCUCUAGUUUCAUCUCAUUGCUUACGAGCAAACUCUCUUCGAAGUCCAAGGUCCUUGGGGAUCCGACAUCGCCAGAUUUCGUGGCUUCUAUGGCCCGUUGGUCCAACCUAGGCGUCAAGACACCAUUUGCCAUCGUACAACCGGCAACGGGCGAAGACGUUAUAAAGACAGUUCGCGAAGCCCUGAAUGCCGGUGUCCCGUUCGUGCCUGCAUCAGGCGGCCAUAGCCCGUGGUCAACAAUCGGUAAAGAGGGAAUCGUCGUAGAUCUGGCCCUUUAUAAGGGCGUUGAAGUGUACCCACAGAGGCGUCUGGCUACUGUCAAAGGGGGCACACUGAUGAAGGAUUUGCAAUCUGUAUUGCACCCUCAUAAGCAGUUCACCGCUGUGGGCAAUGGGAGUACAGUCGGCGUUAUUCCAUAUUACCUUGGCGGCGGCAUCAAUACUCCGUUCAUCGGCUUCGCAUGCAAGAACAUCGUCUCGGCGAAGUUUAUCAAUGCUCAAGGCGAGCUCAUAGAUGUUUCAGAGACCGAGAACCCCGAGCUCUUAUGGGGCAUUAGAGGGGCUGGACAAUUUCUCGGCUUAGUCACCGAGCUAACUAUCAAGACGUACCCAUACUCGAUUCUGGGCAACGACAAUGGGCAGCGGAUGUGCGGUACCUAUAUCUUCCUGCCUACGCAGCUGGAUGCCGUCUGCUCUGCCUUACGUAAAAUCGCAGAAAGUUCCCAAUACGUGUCAUCAGGUCACUGUAUGAUCGUACAAGCACCCCCUGACAUGAAGCAACAAGUCCUCCUAGUGGCGCCGCAGAUAUUCUGUUCGGCUGAGGAGGCUGCGGUCUUCUUCCAACCCCUGAUCGAAAUAGGUCCCGUCCAGCAGGCCCUAGUCCCGUCCACCUUCGAGAAGCAUAGCGACCAUCUCGAUUGGAUAUGUGCCGAAGGCGAUUUCAAGCGCUUCAACCAAAUAGGGCUUCCAAGCUGGAGCACCGAAAAUUUCAAGCGACUUGCAGAACUGCAUGCCGAAUUGAUAGCCAGCUGCCCCGACGCCGUACGUACGGGAUACACUCUGGAGUGGCAUACGCCAUGUAAGGCGGAGAGGCAAAUGAAGUCGUCGUUCGGACACGAGAACGUGGAUUGCUGGCUUAAUUUGUUGAGUUGGUACACGGACGCUGCCAACCACGAGUUGGUUCGUAGCAUGGAUCAGAAGGCACAGGCCGCGAUGCGCGCUGGCACUCAACAAGAUGACUUUAUUUCUUACACCAACACGACGCGAGAGGAUCCACUAGAGUAUCGCUACAAGGAAGCUGAUAGAAUUGAAGGGCUGAAGAAACUGAAGAAAGAGUUUGACCCCACGGGAGUAUUCACCAAGGAGCUUCUUUAG